GGGUAACAGAAGGAAUCUGAGACGCGAGUAGCGGUAUAGCGUAAGAGACGGCCACCUUUUUCGACGUGACAAAGGCGGUACGUAAGGAAAGAUGGACAUGAAGCAACUGGGUAGUGCGCGGAUAGUUCGUCACAAUGGAUAAGCGAAAGGUAAAGUGAAGAUGUCACAGAUCGCGGAUGCUGAGAGUGAAGCAGGCUCCAUCUGCGACGAGGAACGCGUCAGGAAGCUGUUCCAAGCAUGCGACGGCGACGGAGAUGGGUUUAUCGACAGUCAGGAUUUGCUGACGGUAUGCAGAGAGCUGAACCUGGAGAAUUCGGUGGAGGAGUUAAUGAGAGAAUUAGGGGCGGACGAGCACGGUCGCAUUUCCUAUCAAGAGUUCCUCAGGUGCCGAUUGGCUCUCCGACCGGAAAUCGAGGCGCUCAGGUCUGGCAAGCACAGAUCUAGUCCGCAUCACACGCACACGCCGGAAUAUCUACCUACAAGUAGCGACAACAGCCUUGGUACCGUAUCCGGUCGGCAUGAACGCUGGGAAUUCGACAGCGGAGCGCGGGAUCUCUCGCCGGAACCUCACACCCUGCAGAAACUAGUGGAGGCAGCCGCAGGGGGUACUGGAAACAUGCUAGACUUAGCAAACAAGCUGCACGCAGCCGCGCUGUCGUCGCUGCGUUCCGAGGUCACCGAGCUGAACUCAAGGCUGGCGGCCGCGACUCGAGCGAGGGAGGCGGCCGAGACGGCUAUGAUGCGCGCGGAGAUGCUGGCAGCUCGAGCGGAGCAGAGAGCAGAGCAGCAGGCGGCAAGGCACGAGGAGAGGCUGACCGAGUUGCAUUCCGUGAUCGCCGAGCUCGGCAGGCAGCUCGAGAGGCAUCGAGCUACCGUAAUUGCCGAGGAGGAUGAGUCCGAAAUAGAGACGAGCAGAGACGCGGAAGGAUCUAUCACCAAUCCGGUAGAGGAGAGCGAAGGCGGUGGAGACAUUCAGGGUGACGGAGAUCGCACCCUAGGCGACGCAGAUUCCAGCUGCUGCGAGGACAUCGAACCACGCACCGUUGAGAAUGGCAGGGAGCAACUGGACAGUCCAGCGGCUUUACCAACACCAGAACCAACGCAGCAGGACGCCUCGUGCCAGAGUGUGGCCGUAGCAGCGCUGCAAGAAGAGGUCACAGCCCUUCGAACGGAGAUCGCGAGCUUGCAGUCUCAGCUGGUCAAUUUCAAGAACCAGGCUAGCAAUCAGAGGCAACAGGCUGGCAGCGAGUCGCCCCGUAGAGAGUCACGAACAAGAGGCAACACCAGCUCGCCGGAACCUUUGAGUGCACCUUGCUCGCCACUCUUGCCGCCCCUGCAGACACCGCCGACAAAGAGCGUAACGAGGGAGGAAGCACCGGUUCUCAAAAUAGCCGAGAGGGUGAGACUCAGGAGAACCGACGAGAGGCACAUCACAGGACCCGAUAUUACCAACCUGGGGGUAUGCUCUACGAUGGUAGCGGAACACCUGGUGUCGGAUCUCCUCGAGCAUUCGAACAUUCAAGAAUUGAACGGCUCGGAGAAACAGUUCGAAGUGGAGACAGAAAGGUUGAACAGCAGGCUAGAACACGCGCGAGCCAAUAACGCGGUACUUGCGUUGACUUUGCACGAGAGUAAGGCACAAUGCGACAGAUUGAGUCUUUUAGUGGGAAAGUAUGAAUCGAAUGCUACAGCUUUACGACUAGCUCUGUCCUAUAGUGAUCGUGCAAUAGAAGCUUAUGAUGUUCUGGUAGCACUACUCGAGAGUGAGAUCGCGUUGUCUACUGAAAGGAACAGCAUGACGAUUGAUAAUAGACGGGCAGCUGAACACGUGGCCUAUCAUGUUUUAAGUAAAUUGGAGAAUGAGUGUAUGAACACCUUGAAUCCACCCUGGGACGAUAGUAUAGUCCUGUCGGACGAUUCCGAAGUGGCUUGGUGCGUCGACGACGAGCAGAGAUUAAGAAGACACAUUAGUACACUUAAGGGGGAUCGAGCCAUGGUUAGGUCGACUGUGGUGGAAUUAGAAAGCGUUCACGCAGAGCCUUUAAAUUCCAAAAACACUAUCUCCCUCGCUGAAGCACGGAAAUUAGAUUUAGAGACCGCAGUACUUAUGCAGGAAUUGAUGGCUAUGCGCGAGGAUAAGGCGGAGUUAAGAGCACGUGUAUUUCUAUUGGAAAAAGAACGAGCCACCAUAGAGUUGAAAUUAAACUCGAGAGAUACGCAAAUUGCAGCCCAGCAUGCUGCUAUUGAGCACCUUCAGGGUCAACUCAGCGAUACUGAGGCCAUGCUGGCUAUGGCUACGAAUAAAGAUCGAGGUGUAAUAAGCGAUAACGAGAGCGAAGGCAUGGAAUCCGAGUUGAUAGAAGCGCUAGGAAGAGAGGCUAGGCUAAAGGAACGUCUACAGGAAUUAGUUUCUACCUUGGAUAAAGUUAACAAGAAUUCCGAGCUGAGGCAUCAACAGUCGGCCGAGCUUGUUAACGAUUUGAAGAGAGCUAAUGGAACUCUGGUACAAACUUUAGAGAAGUCUAAGAAAAAAUAUCAAUCCAGGUUAAAAAAAUUGGAACAACAAAUGUUGGGCAUGGUAGAGAGACAUGCAGCACAGGUAAAAACUCUAAAACAACGGAUAGCGUUGCUAGCGGAGGAAUCGGCAGGAUACAAAACGAGUUUUCCACUUCAAUCGCAGAGUUCUGGCGCCAGCGAGACAUCGUUAUGACAAUUCAGUGAUUAAUGGAAAACAAUUAAUACACGGGCUCUACGAGUGUUUUUACUAUCCUUCCUCUCGUUACGAAACGAUCGAAAUGGAGAUGAAAUUUACGUAUUUUUUUACACGG